GGAGCGAGGCGUCUCGUAUGUCUCCGGAGCGUCUCCGACUCGUCACUCCAUUAGCCGGCCUGCCGGCGCGCGCUGAUCGGGGUCCGACGGGCCGGCCUGCACAGGCUGGGGAAGAUGGCGCCUUCCGAGCAAGCCGAGCAGCAGGCGCAGACCACUGCCCUGUCCAAAGAAGACGCGGAACCGAGAGAAGCGCUGGUUGCGACGGCUGUGAAGUUUCUGCUGAACCAAAAAGUCCGCCAGAGUCCCCUGAGCACCAGGAAAGCCUUUCUGAAGAAGAAAGGUCUGACCGAUGACGAGGUGGAGCUUGCCAUCCAGCGUUCAGGUGCCACGGAUGAGCCCCUAGCUGUGGCCCCCACGGGAUCGGACCCCCUGCUCCUGCACCCGCAGCUGCAGGCUCCUGUGGCAUACAGACCCACCGGCCCCCGAUGGAGAGACUAUGGCGCCCUGGCAGUCAUCAUGGCCGGCAUCGCUUUUGGGUUCCAUCACCUGUACCGGAAAUACAUCCUUCCCCUCAUCAUGGGCAGCAAGGAGGACAAGAAGCAGCUGCAGAGGAUGGAGAGCAGCAUGGCUGAGAUAAGCAGCACACUGACGCAGACAGUCGCCCAGCUCCAGACCACUCUGGCCUCUGUUCAGGAGCUCCUGGCCCAGCAGCAGCAGCGGAUACGGGAGCUGAGCCAGGACUUGGCCUCCUCUGAGGCUUCCUCGGCCACGGGUCGCAUGCUGGAAUCGCAGGCCAUGAGCGAGCUGAAGGUCGAGAUGGUGUCCCUGAAGGGGCUUCUGCUCAGCAGGAGACAGUUCCCAGCAGCACCCUCUGUCCCAAAGAUUCCCUCAUGGCAAAUCCCCUUGAAACCGGGUGCACUCUCUGGCGCCCCCUCUGUCAACCACAACAACAGCAGCAGUGACAUCUCGCCCGUCAGUAACGAGUCGGCCUCCUCGUCCCCUGUCAAGGAGGGCCACAGCCCCCAGGUGCCGCUGGCGGGGCCCCUGGGCCUGGGAGGCGAUGGUGUUGGCUUGGGCCCCACACUGCCCGUUAACCUGAAGGACCAGGUGCGCAUGGAGGUGCAGGGAGAGGAGGAGAAGCGAGAGGACGAGGAUGAAGAGGAGGAGGAGGAGGAGGAGGAUGAUGAGGAGGAGGAGGAUGAGGUCGACCACAUGAACGAGGGAGAGGAGCACCUGAGUGUGCAGACGGAGGACCGUCGUGGCGGCGACGGGCAGAUAAACGAGCACGUCGACAAGCUGCGGCGGCCUGAGGGGGCCAGCAACGAGAGCGAGGUGGACUAGGGCCCCGCCCCACACGGCAGCCGCGACACCCCCCGUCUCCGGCUUUCGGUAUCCAUGGUUGUUUGAAUUUUCUGUGUCGCCAUAAUCAUCCCGAGAAACCAGUCAGGACACUUAGCCCAGAAGGUGAAGGUCCAGAGCCUCACGCUGCUACUCCCAUUGCUUAGCUUCCGGCCACGGACACGUGUGGCAUGACCAGGGCGAGGUGGCACUCCGGAGGCGUACUGAGGUCAGCGGGAGGGACCGGGCUGUGGGCGGCUAGCAGUCAUUCCCCCGCUUUCCCCUCUCUGUGGUUGAGGCCACGUUCUGGUUGAUACGGGAAACUGACGGAAGCCUCCUUUCCACCGUUCCGCCCGACGCAAAGACUAGGACCCCAGGGCUGUUAUCACUGUAACUAUCUGUCUGCUAGUUAGACUGUCUCCACUUUCCCUUCCUCGGAAAAACCGGGCUGCAGCGACGCCAAAGAAUUCUAGCGUGGACCCCAAGCAUUUUACCGGCGGGGGCGCUGGCCCGUCGACCACACAGCGGAGCAGAAGCAGGAACUCUGGCGCCCCCUGCAGCAGCGGAGGGCGACUCUGCCGUCACCUUGGCAUCCAUUAGACGUGACUCUGAGGUCGUGCCUUCUGUCUGUGCGUCGUCUUCUGGUGCGAUGCGACUCGGUGUUUGUGCAAAUGUUUAUUCAUGGGCCUCAGCCCCCGCGUCCCCCCCCCGUCCCGCUCGCUGUUACUCCUUCCUCCGCUGCAUCUCCGUCUCCAACUGUGCGGCUGAUUCGGUUUAUGAAGUAUGUUAAUAAUCAAAUGAUCAACAAAUAACAGAUGUAUUAGUUCAUGCGGCUUGAAAUGUCAAGGAGGCUAAAAUGGAAAAUCUAAUACCGAAAGCCUGUUAUAUUAUAUUAUAUUACAUGACAAACCCUCCAGUCCAAAUUAUAUAGGCCUCCUACAGUGAAUAAUCUUAACAUGAAACGGCACUGAGGUUUUUGUAAUUAAACUGUGUAAAACAAUGGUGGUUGCAGCAUAACUGAUGACAGUUCUGCCUCUUUACUGGUUCCUGCUGCUGAUAGUGGGGGUGAGAGAUUUGGGGGGGGCACCCUCCAUUGUAAAUGGAGAGUAACAUAUGAAUACUUAACUAAUGAAAUUAGUCAUUCAUCCAGCUGACAAAAAAAUCCCUCAAGUGAGAAUUACAGUAUAGGGUCUGUCGUGGAGUUUUCACUUUUAACAAAUGGUGUCUCGCACUAACGAAAUAAAGACACGGUCUGGUGAAACGUU